GUUUCCAUUUUAUGUACGUCUAUUAGAUGAUCUAUAUUAUAUAUUUUGCAUAGUCGAUAAUUACCUACUGUGCAUUACAAAAUCUGAGGUUCAUGCAUGAUUCUUAACUCUCCAGUUUUUACUGUUCAAUUACAUGUUAAAUGGCAUUGAAAUUUUGACCACGUGUUAAUUUCAAAUACUGCACAGACUAAAAAUCCUCUUUGACAAAUAAAGAAAAACCUAAAAAAAUUUCAGCUAAAACAUGAACAUUUAUUCAACGGGAAACACAUGUUCACAUAUGUAUGUUCUUAAAUCUUAACUCAAUCAAGUCUCACGUGCUGCGCCUAACUUGGCAGCCAUAUGCAAUUUGUGUGCCGCAGAACUAUGUUUGAAAUGUACGUACGUAGUUUUCUUUGGUGCAUUUGUGUUUCCAUUUUUUCUUCGUUGAGGGUGUAAAAGGUCAAAUUAAUGAUUUGAUUGAUAUCCAUGCAUUAAUAAACCGAUUUACGUGGGUGAUGGGAACAACAAAAAAUAUGCAUUUUUAGUAGCCAAUAACGGCCCGACUUGACAAGCAAACAAACAAACAGAAAGUCUAAUACAUAUGACGUUGAUAUUUUGACUAUGUAAUUAAACGCCAAAUUUCAUUCUUUCAAUACAAGCAAUGAGAUCAAAACGGAAGAAAAUGCGGCAGUCACAUGAUCGGUAGUUAUCGCCUUUCCAACUUGAACAUUCACGAACAUAUAAGUUCGUUAUGCACCAGCAAAAACAUUUAAAAGUUGCAUUUUUUUUUCUUUGCAAAAAUUACGCAUAUCUGUAUAGUACACGAAAUUACGACUGUUCUUUUAUUUCCAAUAACACCUGUUUUGUGUUAUGUAUCUUGCACGUAAAUUCGAAUUUGAGAAUAUAUAACAUAUGAGUUUAUAUUAUAUAUUUCCUAUUUUAGCCUUUUUUUGUUUAUAUCCUUUUAUAGUUAUUAAACAUAUAUAUAUAUAUAUAAGGUAAAACUACACAUCAUGCCGUCUGCUAUGAAAAGAUAUAGAAAACUGGACAGUGAUCUUGAUUGAUGAUGAUACUCAUGUGACUGCCAUGGUGAACCAUAUAUACUAAUAUUAAUUGUUACAAGAACUCAUAGCUGCAUCAUAAACCCGUCGUUUGUCACAAUAAUUUUCUUCGGUGUAUGUUCAAUUCACAACUUGAAACUCAAUUUUCUUGAAAAAACAUGUACCAAUAACAAUAAAAAACUUUCAAUUGCCUUAAAUCAUUAAGCGAUGUUUCUUGCAGAAAAUACAAUAAGCAUGGGCUCACUAAGAGACAACAUAAAUCAAUAAAUAAAUUAAACAAGAGAAGUAAAAGUAUGAAACUCUAAUGAAAGAAAAAUAUAUAGACUAUAUAGCCUAAAGUAGUGUUUACGUGACAAUCUCAAUUUCAGUCCAUACCUCAAACUCAUUCAAGCUUAAGAAACCAAACUUUUACUGUUCCUUUUGAUUGUCUAUAAAUACACGUUCGUCGACACAACAAUUUCAAAAACAAACUAACAUAAAGACAAGAAUCACAAACAUCAAACAUUUCUCAAUCUACCCCCCAAAAACGACUUGUAUUCCAUACCAACAUUAAUGGCUCGUUGUUGCCAACUUUUAGUCGGGUUCCUAUUAUGGGCUCUUUUGAUGCUCUCAUGGUGCGAAGCUUCAAGAAGCAGCAUUAAUGGAUAUGAUCAUCAUCAUUCUUAUGGAAAUUUCAAAUCCAAUAGCUUAAUAAAGCGAAGAGAUGAUGGUACACGUUUGAAAAGCUUUGCACGAGUCUCUUCGCGGCCUCCAACCACCGUUAGUGUUUCUGAUUUUGGAGCUAAAGGAGAUGGAAAAACCGAUGACACGCAGGCGUUCGUGAAUGCAUGGAAUAAAGCAUGUUCUUCAAUUGGAGCUGUUAAUCUCUUAGUUCCUGAAGGGAAGACUUACUUCCUCAAGUCUAUUCGAUUAAAUGGUCCAUGCAAAUCAAUCAUUACCGUUCAGAUCUUCGGAAUAUUAUCGGCAUCUCAAAAACGAUCAGACUACAAAGAUAUCACCAAAUGGAUUACGUUUGAUAGCGUUAACAGUCUGUCUGUAGAUGGUGGAGCCACCGGAACUGUCAACGGAAACGGCGAAACGUGGUGGCAAAACUCAUGCAAACGGAACGAAGCUCAGCCAUGCACAAACGCACCAACGACUCUUACUUUCUACAACUUGAAGAAUUUGAGAGUGAAUAAUCUGAGGGUGAGAAAUGCGCAACAGAUUCAGAUUUCGAUUGAGAAAUGCUCCAACGUCCAGGUCUCAAAUGUUGAGGUCACUGCGCCUGCUGAUAGUCCUAACACCGAUGGUAUACACAUCACUAACAGCCAAAACAUUCAAAUCUCCAAAUCCACCAUUGGAACAGGUGAUGAUUGUAUAUCUAUUGAAACUGGAUCACAAAAUGUUAAUAUCAAUGAUUUAACUUGUGGUCCCGGUCACGGCAUCAGCAUUGGGAGUUUAGGAGAUGACAAUUCAAAGGCAUUUGUAUCAGGUGUGACUGUGGAUGGUGCUAAGCUUUCUGGUACAGACAAUGGAGUUAGGAUCAAAACUUACCAGGGAGGGUCAGGAACUGCUAGCGAUAUCAUAUUCCAGAACAUUCAGAUGGACAAUGUGAAGAAUCCAAUCAUAAUCGACCAAGAUUAUUGCGACAAGAGCAAAUGCACCGAACAGACAUCUGCGGUCGAAGUGAAGAACGUGGUGUACCGGAACAUAAGUGGCACAAGCGCAUCGGACAUAGCAAUAACGUUGAACUGUAGCAAGAACUAUCCAUGCCAAGGGAUUGUGCUUGACAAAGUGAACAUUAAGGGAGGAAAAGGAAGCUGCAGCAAUGCUAAUGUGAUGGAUAAAGGCAUUGUUUUCCCUCAAUGCAAAUCCACUUAAUUAAUUAGACCAACCAAACACACAUACAAAUACACAUAGCUACAGAGUAUACAAUAGUAUGCUAUAUACACAUAUACUUGUGGAUAUUGAAUUAGUUAAAAGAAACAUUGUCUAAUUAUGAAACAUAGUAUAGGAAUAUACACAUAAACAACAUGUUCAAGAGAUUUUAUUGUUUUAUUGUAUACUACUACAUAUACUAUUGGUGUGUGUAAAAUUAAUGAAUAAAAAGUUACGUUUUUAAGUUGAUAUGGACCUGAAUGAUGGUAUUCUUUGUUGUGAUUAAGUAUGAUGUGUAACUCAAUAUUUUAAUUUAAAGACAUGAAAAAUGAAACCUAAUUGGUCAGUUCUGUUACUCUUUAACAUGAUCUGAUCACCAAAAAGUUAUGUUACUUGACCAAAGCGUCUCAUUGUUUUAAAAGCCGGGCCGAUGAUUUAAGAGGCCCAUUAUCAGUGUUACAAAACAAGCCCUGACAAGGCCUUUAGAAACCCUAGAAUCCUUAUGUUAACAUAUAUAAGACAAGGCCUAGGGUUUUCGCUUGCUCACUCUAACAACACUCAUCGCAGCGAUUC